AAAAUAUGUUGACUCAGGAGCAGGUCUCAUUGAUUUGGGUGGAGCUGCAGACCUUCAAUGAGCUACCCCCCGCCGCCUCUGCCCCCGGCCAUUUGCCCUCCUGACCACCAUGGCUCCAUGCUUGUCGUCUGCUACCCCUCCAAGGAAUCGAUCCUGAGCCUGACCCCGCGCAGCAGAAGCGCUGUUAUGCGCCUCACCACCGUCUUUGCGCUCUUCACCGUGGUCCUGGUGUACCUCGUCACCGGGGCCUUCAUCUUCCGCCAGCUGGAGCAGCCAUACGAAGUCCGCCAGCAGGGGAAGCUCAAUGCCUACCGGGAGCAGUUUUUGAAAGGGCACCGGGAACAGUUCUUGAAACGGCACCAGUGUGUGGGCCCUGAUGAACUGGAUGACCUCAUUCAGCAAGUAAGUGAGGCCAUCUUAGCCGGCGUGGACCUUUCCAACAACAGCACCAACACGACCAGCUCGAAUUGGGACAUGGGCAGUGCCUUCUUCUUUGCUGGCACCGUCAUCACCACCAUAGGUUUUGGGAACAACUCCCCCCAAACUGAUGCCGGCCGGCUCUUCUGCAUCUUCUAUGCAUUGGUGGGAAUUCCGCUUUUUGGGAUGCUACUGGCUGGAGUCGGAGACCAUUUGGGGUCAUCUCUAAGGAAGGGCAUUGGCAAAGUGGAGGAUAUUUUCUUGAAAUGGCAAGUCAGUCCUACCAUCGUGAGGAUCCUGUCGGCCCUGCUCUUCAUCCUCAUUGGCUGCCUCCUCUUCGUGUCCCUGCCCACUGUUAUCUUCCAGCAUCUGGAACACUGGUCCCUCUUGGAGAGCGUUUACUUCGUGGUCAUCACGCUGACCACCAUUGGAUUUGGCGAUUAUGUGGCAGGUGAUACAUCAAGCGAGGAGUAUCCAUGGUACAAACCGUUGGUGUGGUUCUGGAUCCUGCUUGGUUUGGCCUAUUUUGCCUCCAUCCUGACCAUGAUCGGCAACUGGUUGAGGGUGCUGUCCCGACGCACAAGAGCUGAGAUGGGGGAUUUGACCGCUCAUGCAGCCUCCUGGACAGGCAACAUGGCAUCCCAGCUGCGUGUCCCAAACAUGGCAUUGCCAGACAAGCUGCACAGAGCGGGUACCUUGAAAGGGAAGCCUCUAUCUCCUUCGGACAUCGCACAGGAAAAGGAAAGCGAGGAGCCCCUGCAACAGUCACCGUCACAGCCCCCACCACCCUUAUUGCCGUCACAGCCCCCAAUCUUACUGCCCCCACUGCCGCCCUCAUUGCUCCCAUGUCCGAGCCCUUCUCCGGCUACCAACCGGCGUGUGGCGCAGCUGAACACCCGCAACGCUGUCCCAUUGCGGCCUAUAGACUACACGGGUGAAAACAUGGCUUUCAUUGAUGAGAGUUCGGAUGCGUUGAGUGACGGGGGGCCACCUUCAGCCAGGCCACCCCGCCGCUUGCGCCCCCGGGCCCGACACCGUACCAACACCGGCCAGCCUCCAGGACUGCCCAUGGAUGUGCUGAGUCGGACCAGAGACAAAGGAGAAGCUGUUUAGGAAGGGGCUGGGCCAAUCCCCCGACUUGGAGCAUAUUACUUACAUGUGGUGCAGUUCUCUUCAUUCCUGUUUUGCCGACAUGCCCCCUGCCCUGGGCAGAGUGAAUUCCAAAGCAUCUCAGUUGUUCUUUCCUGGUGGUGCUAACUCAAUGCCUUGGCACAAAUCCUGUACGCUGCAGUACCCUGCUCUAUGCUGCCAACUGGGAAUCCCACCCUCUUUAUCGUGCCAACAGAGUUCCUUGCUUGGGGGGGGAGGGCAAACCCUGACAUCGCAACUCUCCUCUUCGCAUGGUGCUCCCAUCUCAUAUU